GCAGUCUAUACUAUAUAGGCCAGUCAGUCUCUGUACCUGAAUGUGCAGCAGACCGACGGCGCUUUAUCGGUCUUUCUGCACGGUGAGCGCUUCCGCGCUGCCACAGCAGCGUACGAGCGACUGACAUCCCGCCGAUCCGGACCCGGGCGUUAAAUGGCCAUCAGGCUGGGGGCGACAGUACCUGGGAGCCGAGGUGCAGGCGACAUGAACCACGUGUGGAUUAUAACUCUUAUACUCACUACCAGCCAUUCCCGGUCCCUGACCGGCUGCCAAGGCAGCCCUAACCUCUUAGAAAAAAUAUCCAUCGUCGACGCCACCAUAAACGAGACCGUGAUUGUCUCCUGCGGGGACCAAGGGAAGGACUCCUCUUCUGUCUUUGAAUUGUUCAAGUUCGAGGCCAAGAUUGCUUCCAGCGACUUCGGCGGUAACCAGACCAAGGCGGCGAACCGGACCAUUGACUUUGAGGUGGCCUCCGGGAAUCCUCAGUUCAGGCUGUACGGACCGAUGGUCAACAGAACUGGGCUGUACACCUGCGUGCCAAGUAACACGUCUCUGGAGCUGGGGAAGCACACCAUAGUCCAUGAAAAAGAAACAUUGUGCUUACUGCCCCAGAAGCGUAGCUGUUUACCUGCCAGUGAGCCCUGGCCCUGGCCAGCUGGAUUUGUGUUGCUGAUCAUCUGCUGUCUGGUCAUCACUGGCAUCGCCAUCAGGAUUGGGCACAAACUCAACAGCAAGGACAGCAGCCAGAACGACUACAUCAAUAUGAAACCCAGAGUAGUGACGAGUCACAAGAAGGCACAGCAGUCACGGAAAGCAUGUCAGCCCUAGGGGCCUCUUUGGAAGGCGUCUGGCGAAAAGCCAGGAGGCCUGAAGGCGAACGGACGCUGUGAGACGCAGUCAGGCCCCAAGUGAACAAAAAUACACAAAUAGGUGAGAAUCCCAGAGGAGGUGAACCUUACAGCAGAGAUAUGAACUGCUGAGGAAUCCACACCUGAGCUACAGUCAUCUCCCUGUCUUCUUAAAGGAAAAUAAUUUACUGUGCAACACAAAGAAGACUAUUCCUGCAGUGAGUGAUGCAAACUCUGAGCAGAGCGAGCCAGACGGUAACCAGAACCAUCUUCAGAACUAUCCUCAGGUCCAUCUCCAUCAUCAGGACAGACAUUCUCUAAUUUAUUCAGCAUCGUUCCCUGAAGCGGAUUAAAACUGAACAGUGAUGCAGGUUGUUGUUUGUACUCAUUUGUUUGUAUAUGUCAAUAAUCAAAUACAGCCAGUGUUAUGAGCCAGUGUGUGACUA